ACUCUAUAGCCUAGUUACCGAACAUCAUUUUCCGAUUUAUUCAUGAGAACAAAGUCAUUAAAGUAUAUACUUCUCCGACAUAUCUGAGUCCACUUAUCUCGCAGCAUGCUCGCCAAACCGCUGACUGCCAUCUGGACACUGUUCCUACUCAUCUCAACCGCCCAAGCACAGUUCCAGUUCUUCGAGCAAAUGUUUGGAGGCGGCGGUGCGCAACAAGGUCACCCACACGAACAGGAAGCUUCUAGUGAUAGUGCCUGGUAUCAGAGAACAUGGGAAGGAGCACAUUGCACGAGAUAUCUAUGUCCCGGUACUCUAUCCUGCGUUCAUUUCCCGCAUCAUUGCCCCUGUCCGCAUCCGAACGUCGAGGAUAAAGUCGAGUUGGGCGAGGGAAGUGCUGUUUGCGUGUCAAGAGGAGGGUUCGCGCCUGGAGAGGCAGCUAGGAAAAUUGAAUUGGCUCGCAAGGGUCUCCUGUGAUUGGAGGUACCAUACGCCUUUUUGAUACAAAGGCAGAGAGAGCUUUUUUGGAGUAUAUUAGCGAUUAGCAUUGUUUUAGACGGUCGUUCUGGUACAUUGAAUUUGUUUCAUCGGCGCUUGGUGAUUUUUUUGUCUGAUCAAUGUGAGGUUUCAUGAUUUGUUCUGUAGAUAUGUACUUUUCAAGAACCGACAAGGCAUUCGCAUCUGCUGUGAUCACCUAUCCAAGGAGUGUAUCACCUGGUCAACAUCGAAUUCGUGGAAUAAGCA